GUUCUAGCGUACUAAUAUCUGCAAUAACCCCUUAAACGUCCUGUCAUAUGAUUGCGACUCGAUUGUUUCUUCCGCAUUCCGUCCUUUACCAACUACAUGUCCCAUCAACAGAUAUUAACCAAUAUUUGAUUGCAAGUGUUUAUGGACCGAAACGCAUUUACAUAUCCGUGCCUGCCUGAUGAGUAAGUUAACCUAGAACACCAGCAGGGCAGCCUUCAACCGAUCACACCCGAAACCAAUUUCUGGACGUCAUACAGGAGCACAACGUUGUUUUUGUUGUAGCGCCGCCAUGGAUCAUUCCGGGCUGUUGUGCGACACCGAGCGGCCGCGUCAGCGUCCAUUUCUGAUCGGGGUGAGCGGAGGAACCGCCAGUGGGAAGUCUACAGUAUGUGCCAAAAUCAUGGAGCUACUGGGUCAAAACAUGGUGGAUCACUGCCAGCGUAAGGUCACCAUCGUCAGUCAGGACAGUUUCUAUCGGAUUCUUACUCCAGAACAGAAAGCCAAAGCUUUGAAGGGCCAGUACAACUUUGACCAUCCAGAUGCGUUUGAUACAGAGUUGAUGUGCCAGACUCUGAAAGACAUCGUAGAAGAAAAAGUGGUGGAGAUUCCCACAUAUGACUUUGUCACCCAUUCCAGGAUGGAGGAGAAAAUUCGUGUUUACCCCGCUGAUGUGGUGCUGUUUGAGGGAAUUCUGGUGUUUUACACACAGGAGGUCAGAGAUAUGUUUCACAUGAAGCUGUUCGUCGACACGGAUUCAGAUGUGCGUCUGUCUCGCAGAGUUCUGCGUGACAUGAGAAGAGGUCGAGAUCUUGAACAGAUUCUCACACAAUACACAACUUUUGUUAAACCUGCAUUUGAAGAAUUCUGCCUUCCGACCAAGAAAUAUGCAGAUGUUAUAAUACCUCGAGGAGUUGACAACAUGGUGGCAAUAAAUCUGAUUGUUCAGCAUAUUCAGGACAUUCUGAAUGGAGACAUAUGCAAAUGGCAGAGGAGCUCUCCGAAUGGACACUCCCAUGGGCUUGGUCAAAAGAGGGACGUGGCUGAACACGAUGAGAAAUCUAGCGGAGGAAAUCUUCCUACGAAACGACUCAUACUGGAGCCCAGUACACGGCCCCAUUAACACACAAAACACACACUCGUGGCUGAAACUAGAAUGUUUUUUUUUCUGCAUGCUUCCAAAACAAAUCUUCUCUGUCUUACCAGGUGAC